CAAGAGAGAGGCCGAGGCUCCAGCCGGCUGCCAGAGGAAGGCAGGGCAGGAACCCCCGAUCCUCCCGGAGCUGUUUUCCAAUAUGCUGGGGACCAUGACGAUCACAGUUGGACAGAGGGAGCCUGAAGAUGUGAAUAAGAAAGACUUGGAUAAAGACGUGGCGGCUAACUCUGUGGUUGUUGAGGACGUCGCGAAGGAUAAGCAGGAGGACAUGCCUGAAAUAAUCGAACAGAGUCCCUCUUCAGAAAGCAAUUUAGAAAAGGUAACAGAGCCCCCCGAGGCCCAGGCUAGUGAUGGAGAACCCAACAUGGAGACCGGAGAGGCAGCAGCCAAAGAAACUGAACGAAAACAAUCCAUCGAGAGGGUGGAAGACAUCCUUAAGCACCAGCAGAGCAACACAGAAAUUCCUUUCUCAGCGGAGUCUGGUCAAACAGUAGCGGAAGGCAAAGAUGAAGGAGAAGCAAUGCGCGAAAAAGAACCUACCAAGUCUCCAGAAUCUCCCACCAGCCCAGUCACCAGUGAGACUACAUCGACCUUCAAGAAAUUCUUCACCCAAGGUUGGGCUGGUUGGCGCAAAAAGACCAGUUUCAGGAAGCCAAAGGAGGAUGAACUGGAAGCUUCUGAGAAGAAAAAGGAAGAAGAACCAGCAAAGGCAGACACAGAGGAAACCAAGAAGGCAGAAGAUACCCCCGAGCAGCUCACAGCUUCUGAGCACCCCCAGAAACCCGUGGAAGGUGAGGACGAGGCCAGAUUAUCGGCUGACUAUGAGAAGGUGGAGUUGCCUUUGGAAGAUCAAGUCGGUGGUGUGCAGGGCUCUUCUGCAGAGAAAUGUGCUCCGUUGGCCACGGAAGUAUUUGAUGAAAAAGUAGAAGCCCACCAGGAAGUUGUUGCUGAAGUCCAUGUCAGCAGUGUGGAAAAGAAAGCAGAGGAGCAAGAAGCAGGUGUGAGAGAAACAGCAGAAUCCUUACCAGCUGAAAAGCUGGUGGAAGCCCAGGAAGCCGAACUCGCAGAGGAGCUGGAACAGACCCAAGAAGUGUGUGCCUCUGGAGGAGACCACACCUGGCCUACAGAGCUGAGUCCCGAUGGAAAGGUGUUGCCCAAACAGCCCGAGAGCAGCAUGAGUGAGGUGGCCGUGCUGUCCUCACAAGAGAGAACCAAAGCUCAGGGAAGCCCCUUGAAGAAGCUGUUCUCCAGCACUGGCUUAAAGAAGCUUUCUGGAAAGAAACAGAAGGGGAGACGAGGAGGAGGAGGAGGAGGAGGAGGAGAUGAAGAGUCAGGGGAAAACAACCAAGGUGCAGCAGAGUCUCCGGAGAGUGCGGACGAGAAGGGCGAGAGCUCCGCUUCCUCCCCAGAAGAACCCGAGGAGAUCACAUGCCUGGAGAAGGGGAUCACAGAGGGACACCCUGAAGGCGAGGCUGAAGAAGGAGCUACUUCCGAUGGAGAGAAAAAGAGAGAAGGUGUUACUCCCUGGGCAUCUUUCAAGAAGAUGGUGACGCCCAAGAAGCGUGUUCGAAGGCCUUCUGAAAGCGAUAAAGAAGACGAGUUGGACAAGCCGGACAAGGUCAAGAGCGCCACCUUGUCUUCCACGGAGAGUGCGGCUUCUGAAAUUCAAGAUGAAAUCAAAGGCGCCGGGGAGGAGCAAAAGCCAGAAGAGCCAAAGCGCAAGGUGGACACGUCGGUGUCUUGGGAGGUGUUGAUCUGUGUGGGGUCAUCCAAGAAGAGAGCAAGGAAAGCAUCCUCUUCUGAUGAGGAGGGAGGACCGAAAACGACGGGAGGAGAUGGCCACAAAGCAGAGGAGGCUGCCAAAGACAAAGAAACCGGAACCGACUCUGCCCUUGCUGGCACCCAGGAACCUGACCAAGGGCAGGGAAGCCCCUCCCCUGAGCCAGCGGGCAGCCCCUCCGAAGGGGAGGGCGUUUCCACGUGGGAGUCAUUUAAAAGAUUAGUGACCCCAAGAAAAAAAUCCAAGUCAAAACAGGAAGAGAAAAACGAAGAGUCCACUGGUGUAGAGCAUUCAGCUUCCGAUGUUGAACCUGGGAAAGAGGAAUCUUGGGUUUCAAUUAAGAAAUUUAUUCCUGGACGGAGGAAGAAAAGGUCAGAUGGGAAACCAGAACAAGCCACUGUGGGAGACACAGGGCCCGCAGAAAUCAAUGAAGAGGAUUCUGAUGUCCCGGCUGUAGUGCCUCUGUCUGAGUAUGAUGCCCUGGAAAGGGAGAAGAUGGAAGCUCAGCAAGCCCCCCAGAGCGAAGCCGCGCCUGAGCCACAGAUGGGCAUGUCCGAGGAGCUCGGCGGGAAUCUGGUUUCCUGUGCAGCAGUGGCUGUCACGGAUGGGACAAGGGCAGUCACCAGUGUGGAAGAGCGGUCUCCUUCUUGGAUAUCUGCCUCUGUGGCAGAGCCUCUUGAACAAGCGCAAGAUGGAGCCACACCAUCAACCAGGGAGGGGACUGAAGGAGAAGCCACUGCAGAAGAAACCCCCACAGCCACCCAGACUCUGCCUGAGAGCGGAGAUGCCCCCGAUGACACGAACACUAGUGAAGUGGCAUUAACUUCCGAGGCGGUGACAGCUGCACAGACCACGGAGGUGCUCUGUGCUGAAGAAGCCACCGAAGCAUCGGCCGCAGAGGAGACCACAGAGAUGGUGUCGGCAGUUUCCCAGCUCAGUGACUCCCCGGACACCACGGAGGAGGCUACCCCAGUCCAGGAGGUGGAAAGCGGAGGGCCAGACGCAGAGGAGCAGGAGCGGCAGACUCAGGCCGUCUUACAGGCAGUUGCAGAAAAAGUGAAAGAGAAGUCACAGCUGCCAGACGGCAGCGGGGCCGAAGGUACGACUCUGACCAUGCAGCGAGCAGAACCAAAAGGCCUAGAGAGGGUGGAGGAAGCGGAAGAAGACUCCGAAGAGCCAGAGACGAAGGAAGAGAUGGAUGUAGUUUCGAGAGUAAACGUACAAGAAACUAAAACUGAACAUUUUACACGAGGGGAGGUAAUAGCUCAGGGUGCCCCUGAAGGUUUUGAGAAAGUUCAGCUUGCAGCGAGCACAGAAUCCAGGGAGCCGGUAACCCCGUGCCCGCCUGAGCCCUUAGCUGCGGUGCAGCCCCCGGAGCAGGCUGUUCUCCCAGACUCAGCAGAUGCCCUGACGGACAGCGAGACAGCGGAAGCGGCAGAUACUGACGCGCUAGGUACAAUACAGCAAGAUGAGGCCACGGAAGGGCAAGAAGAGCGUGCAGGGUCACCUGGCACUCAGCCGCAGGUCAGGGAGGCAGCCGCAACACCUGCCCAGAAAGAAGGGCCUUCAGCAUCACCAAGCUGUCAAUCCCAGGAAGAGUAUAAAGAACAGCUAAAACCGGAAGACGUUCUAGAACAUAAAGAUCAAGAACCACCAGUGGAAGCCGUAGCCGUAAUGUCCAAGACUGAGGUGAUCUGCCAGCUUGCCGGUGGGGAAGCCGAAGACAGACCGUGUGUUGCAGUUGUCACAUCUGCAUACGUGGCUGGUCGGGAAAAGGCCACCGAAGUUCCUCUUCCAGGUGAACUGACCGAAAGGGCAGAAUGUCAGAAGGACGGUAACACAGAACUCCAGAGUCCCGGCGGAGAAGAGAGAGACAGGGUAGCUCAAGCAGAAAAAGGGAAAACUGAUGCAAAGACAGUACAAGACAGUGAAGAAAAAGUCGAGCAAAAAUCAGCUGCACCCAGAGCCGAAAAACUCAGCCAGCAACUAGUCCAGACGGCUGACGUGCCCAUCCCAGACAUGGAAAAGGACGUAAGUGAUUUAGAAGGAAGCUCUCCUCUUCCUCCAGAUCCAGAAGAGGAAGCAGGACGCAUGGAGACUCAAGGUCAGAGCUGUGAGGCACCAGUGACUGUCACACCUGUGGCAGCAGAGGAGGAGGUGUUCGGAGAAACUGGCAGAAUUUCAGAAACAAGUGACACCGAGGGGCCUGCAGAUGCACAUUUAGAAGCAGCAGAGAGGUCUCCUGGGAAGGACGGGGACUGGACUCCUCAGCCGGGAGACGAUGCUGUUCCUGUGGGGGCUGAGCCAGGUACGGUGUCUGCCACCCCUGAGCAAGAGCUGUACUCAGACCUGCAGGCAGAGAACAGGGCAUCUCAGAAGCAGAUAGCAGACGAAGAUGGCAAGGAGGUCGGCUGUCAGGAAGGCACAGUGAGCCUGGCAGCAGAGGGCAGUCCCAAAGCUGAAAAUCAGAUCUUGGAAUUUGAGACUGAGAGCAGUAAGCUUGUGCAAAACAUAAUCCAGACAGCCAUGGACCAGUUCUCCCGGCCCAAGCAAGCAGAGUCUGACAUAGAGAUGGAGGCUCCCUCAUCGCCAGGCUACAGCCAGGGAGCUGGACAGAAACCUGUGGGAGAAGUCAGUGGACGGCAGGCUUCUGUGCAGGAUGAAACACAAACUGUCACCACCGGGGCCGAGUCCGAGCUCGCUGCCACGGCAACCAUGCUUUCUUACAUUUCCAAAGAUGUGAACGGAGCUUCAGAAGAGACCCUGACAGUUGAGCUUGGAAGUUAUGGUGUGAAUGAGCAGCGGUGUGGAGAGGUGGUUCCCCCAGCCGAGGCAGAGAGCGAUGCAAUGGGUGCAAAGCCCCCAGCGCCUGACGGCUGUGCUGAGUCAGGAGGAAUAAUAGACAAGCCACGCCUCCAACCGAGAGGAGACGAGAGAGAGGAUGCUGCCCAGGACCCAGACUCAGCCCUGGCAGAUGCUGCCGCCCCAGGAGGCUUAACCAAAGAGUCCCCAGACACCAACGGACCAAAACUGACAGAGGAGGAAGCAGGAGCUAAGGGAGGAAAGGCGCACGGGAAGUCGGAGGACAUCAAACCCCAAACAGAAGAGGAACAGGGGAAAGGAGGGACAGAGCUCGCAGAAUCCUAAGGCUGUGUUUAGUGUCCUUGUAUAUUUGCAAGACUAGAAUGUGAAGAAGACAAGUCAUGGAGGAAAAUGCUGCUGCUGAGACUCGAAACCAAUAUUUCAGAACUUGAGAACUAGAGAGCGGCCCCCCCUACUGAUCUCACGUCCAGAGCACCCCCAACAAUCCUAAGGCUUCAUUGGGAACUAGAGCCAUCUAACACUGCCUUUUUUUCAAGACCAUCUAUUUUCCCUUGAUAUCAUAUGAUAGUUCUGAAUCGAGGUCCUAAAUUCUUGACCUGAAACUGGAGUUGGCAAUACCUGGUUCUACUUCUCAAACUGGAGUGUUGCUUUUCAUGUAUUUAUGUUCUGAGUAUUCCUCCUUCUGUAUCUGUUGUAUAUUUUUUCUCGGUGUUUGAAGACAUGUAUGGCAUAGUGUGUGCCUUUCAUAUCAUACAGUAUGUGACAGGGUGUGCAGCUAUAGGGAGGCCUUGGGAAGUUUAAAGCCUCACUUACACCCAUGAAAAACAGCUUCCAAGAAAUAACAUCCCUGGUGAGAAGGUACAAUUCUUAUUCAACAAAUUCAUCACCGCUUAGGUCCGUGCUUAGUGUAGUACUCAGAAACUGGUCACUUUCCUAUUAUGCACAGUGAGCUAAAAAUAAAAAGCAUUUUGAAACACAUAGAAUGUUCCAGUUACUGUGAAAUUUUUCUUUCUAGUCCAGCAAGUUGGAAGGAAGUUUUUUUCACUAACAGAUAAUAGUCUCGUUAGUCUUUUCUUCUAAUUGAUUUUGUUAUGGUGGUUUGGACAGAUGAGUGUGCUUAAUACCGAGGCAAUGUAGUGAAAUGUUUUUCAUGUUAUAUAGAAAAUAAUUGACUGUUGUAAGUUUUUGACUCUGCUCUUAUAUGCUGGACCGCAUUCACCCACAGAAUGAAACGAGACAAGUUUUCUGCUUUCCAAAUGGUAUUUUGAUAGAUACUGGAUUGUGUCCGCAUCGUAUUUGUGCCCCUUUUAAGAACAAUGUUGCAUUAUGUUCACUUGGAUAAACUGUGAUUUAACAACUGAUUUAAAUAAAAUACUGGCUAUACUUGCUUUCACUUAGGUUUGCUGGUUUUAUUAGGCACUAGGAAGUGAAGACUUACUAUUAUCUCAUCAGAGUAAGAUAACAAUGGACCAGGACAGCCAAGAUGGAGCGUCCCUGAUGU